GUAAGUGAAGCUCUAAAAGCUCUAUAAAUCCAGGCAUAUAGAGCAACAGUGAGAACCAGGAGGUUGGCAAGAGAGUAAGAGAGAAAACAGAGAAAAAAGUGACAGGAAAACAAGCUGCUUCUUUUCUUUUCAUUAUCCUCAGGCACUUACUGUGAGAGGACCAUGCAGCUGAUAUUGCUUUUCGUGCUGUGCUUUGUUGCUGCUAAUGCAUCUUCUAGCCAAAGACAAACAGAGGCAUUUCCCCAUGACAUAACACGCCAAUCUGAACUCACCAGGCUGUAUAAUACACCUGUGGUGAGAGCUGAGAGUCUCAGGAGACCUUUGGGUUCUUUAUCUUGGAUGCUUGGACCUUUUAGUCAUUCAGGAGUAAGAGUAACAACAGAUACUGGAGAAUCUUGGCUGAUUCACAAAGGAGAUGGCUUUGGCCGCACAUCUCAGACUGUAGUUACUGAUGCCAAUCACAUGUCAGAUCGAUGGAGGGUAGUGGAAGAUACACCAGUGCAUGGAAGAACAGUGGGAGAUUUUGUACGAGCUGGUGGUUCAACAUAUUCUCUAUUGAGGGACAAUUGUCAUCACGCUGCAGACAGAAUGAUGUCCUGCGAGUGAGAACAACAUGCUCCAGAAUAGUCUCAGCUGUAUUGUCAUUGGAAAGGGCCUUGUACUCAUGGUCCUGGCCAAUGACAAGACUACUGAGACUAUUCUCAGCUGUUUAUGUCUGAUAAUAAAAAUACCAAAAUCUACCAUAUAUAUUCUGGGCUAUAAAGUAUGUUAAUGCUUGAGCUGCAUUUUGUUGAUUAAUUGUUGCUCCAUUAAAAACACCAUUAAAACUACAUUAUCACACA